AUGCUGUUCUGUAACACUUUCUCCUCUCUCUGCAGGAAUGUGGUCCGAAUGUUUGCCACAGCCGAGGGGAUCCUGACCCAACAGGACCACCUCAACUCAGACGGUCUGCAGGAAGUGUUUGCCACCAACCUCUUCGGUCAUUUUCUCCUGAUCAGGGAGCUGGAGCCGCUGCUCUCCAGGCUCGUGUGGACCUCCUCCAGUAACGCCCGCCGCUCCGCCUUCAGCAUGGAGGACAUGCAGCACCGAGAGGGGAGGGAGUCUUACAGCUCCUCUAAGUACGCCUCAGACAUGCUCAGCCUGGCUCUCAACAGGCAGAAGAACAGCCAGGGGCUGUUCUCCUCUGUCAUCUGUCCCGGGCUGGUGAUGACUAACCUGACCUACGGGAUCCUCCCCUCCUUCUUCUGGACCCUCAUCAUGCCCGUCAUGUGGCUGAUAAGGAUCUUCACCAACACAUUCACGCUCACACCACACAACGGAGCAGAGGCGCUGCACUGGCUGUUUCUACAAAACCCUGAGUCUCUGGACCCCAGAGCAAAGUAUCACAGUUUAACAUCAGGACUCGGAACAAACUACACUCAGCCUCGCCAGAUGGACAUCGAUGAAGGAAUGUCCGAUGUCCUCUAUUCAAAACUCCUCAAGCUUGAGAAAGAAGUCCGAAGGAAACAGAGUGAAGAAAAUGCCGACGAGGAAAUUUGUGCAGUGAAAUAGUGAGUCAUUUGUAAUGGAUCAUUUUGCUCUGAAUAAAGUGCUCUUAUUCAUUC